AUGGGGCUCGUUGGAGGGCAGGACAAGCGCAGGACAAGAGGGCUGCCCCACUUGGUGCAGCUGCUGCUGCCUGCAGUUAUUAGGAUCACAAGCUGGACAGGGACAUAUCCCAGCCUAAUCAAUUUACAUGUAUCAGCCCAUUUUUGGUGUUUCAGCAAAGAGAAAACUUCCCCCUGGCCUGAUGGGAAGUGGGAGGCUGAAGUCUUUGAACACUUACCGGAGGAAAGUGGGCUUGCAGGAUGCCUGUGUGUUGGAGGGUUUCUUGAGCACACCCCAAGCCCUCCCCACCUCCCUCUUUACUAUCCUGGCUGCAGGACUCAACCUGGUGCUGCCACCAGCUGGGGUGAGGAAAGCCGCCUCCUACUGCCUCCCCAGUGCCUGCACUACAUCCACUCAGUCACACACUUGAGCAAAGCUUGCAGUCCUGCAGGAAAAAAUAUCUUCACUGGAAAUUCUAAUAAACAUGAACGGUGGGAGAAAAAUGUAAUCGUCACACCCCAGUUCACACUAGUCAACUAUUGUACUUCAGUUUCAUGGAAAAUGUUAUGGGACUCUCAGAGGCGGUGGCUGAUGGAGAUCCUAACCAUUUCUGACAUGAAGAACAGACAGCUAAGAGCAUCACUCAGCACCACGCUGGGGAUUAAUCAUAAGCUACUGCUUGUCAUCUGUGCUGUUUACUGCAAUGCCUUCCCUUGCAAUUCCAACACAAAGUCAUGCCUGCUCAGCCUGCAACAUCACCUCUACAGAAGUAGAUCAGAGAUAAUUAUGUAUUGAUUUACUGCCAAGAAUUAAAUAUGGAAUGAAGUCCUAGAAAUUUAAUAAAAGGACACCUGUAUUGUGUGUAGCUUUCAUUAAUGGGGGAAAUGGAUAUGCAUAGAGAGAAGGCACAGGUGCCUGAAUGGCUUUAUAUUGCAUAUCUGUUGUACCACAAAUUAAAAAGUCCACAGAACAGAAUUUCUGUUAUUUCCUUGCAAAAAUAUGUUAGUCUGAAAAUAUCACUGAAAAGACUGGAAUUCACUUUUUUUUUCUUUUUUCUUUUUUUUUUUAUUUACUAUUUAAUUUAAGCAGUAAGUAAUGAGAGCAAUUUAGUCCAAAUAUUACAUGUGCUUUCCAGUUAAAUAAACCUUGACUAAACAGA